AUGGAGCAGAAUAAAAGAAGUACCAAAUUGGAUGGAGCCAUAUAUAUUUGUAUAUUCUUAAAUAUUCUAAGGAGUGCAUUUCAGGUGACGGAUUGCUUAAAUUGCCAGUUGGCUACGAAUAGAUCGGCACUAAGUGCUUUGGUCGAAUGGAAUCAUUUCCCAGAUGGAAAACAUGCAGACAGUUACUUGAUCACAUAUGGAACAUUGUCUCCACAUUUUUCCAGUACUGUGAGAUCUGUUCAGGGAUCAAGUGUCAGUUUGGAUGACCUUCAGGAAGAUAUUAGCUAUUAUUUUAUUAUAAAAUCAGUGACCAGUGGGAAAAUCACAGACAGCAAAUCAUUUACUACUUGUUUGCAUGGAGAAGCUGGCUUUAAAACAACCAUUUCAACAACUACUGCUUCAUUUGAUUGGAGUGAAUUUGGGUUUGGAAGAUUUUUAACCACAAUAAGCCUAAAUUUCACUUCAUACCAUAUACCACCUACUAUAAACAAUUACGUGUGGAAUGAAUUAAAGCCUGGAACUUUGUACAAUUUCUCCUUGGAAUUCAAGCAAUCCCAUCAUAUUGGACUCACUUUCACACAAGUAUUUAAUAUAAUUAUUGAAACAGCACCAUGUCCUCCUGGCUGGAUAGGAUCAUUCCAGAGCUGUUACUGGAUCAGAAAAGACUGCAAGAAAUGGAAAGAUGCUUCUCAAUUCUGUAAGUCAGCAACUAAUGGCAUCCACCUUGUUGACAUCAAUACCGAAGAGGAAUUUCAGUUUAUAUCUUCUCACCUGAGGUCACAGAAUGACUUCAGCAUGUUAUGGACUGGGCUAAAUGACAUUGAAAUAGAAAAUGAACUUCAAUGGACUGACAAGAGUGCCUUUAAUUUAAGCACCACCUUGCUGCAAACUCUGCCAUCAAACGACAGUGACUGCUACGCAUUACAAUUGAAUGCAGUGGGUCCCGACAGUGUACUUACUGGGCUGUUCUGCUUCUUGGCUUUGCCAUACAUUUGUGAACAUGAAGUCUUAAUUCUUCCCAAGACUAUUAAACUAAAAUCAGAAGACGUGAGAGAAAAUGAGGCCACUAUUAUCUGGGAUAGCUUACAGGAUUUAUUCUCCUCAACAUCCAAGUUAUUUAUCUGGUACAAAUCAAAUUCUGUUGAAGGAAUACAGCAUUUCUACAAAAUAUUCCCAAAUGAGACUAAAGCAGUUAUAUCUGAGCUGAAACCUGGGCACCACUAUUAUUUUGCAUUAAUGAUGAGCGAUAUCAUGGGUGCUCAUAGAACAGUUACCUCAGUUUUGAAUGUACAAACAAGGCCAAAUCCACCACAGAAUCUUACAUUGGGAGAGCUAACAUCAUCUGAAAUACAGCUGCUUUGGGGUCCUCCAGAGAAUUCACAGUCUGGAACUUUUCAUUACUACCUCAUCAGCUAUAUGCCAUUAAAAUCAAGAGGGCCAAUAACAGAAGAUGUCGCGACAGAGAAUACAUCUGUAGUACUUGGGAACCUGAAGCCAUUCCGCUCUUAUGAAAUCUAUGUCCAAGCAGUGACUGAGGGAGGAUCACUGAGUUGUGCUGAAGGGCCGUUGUUUGCAAGUACAGAUCCCAUCCCUCCUGCCAGUAUCUACAUUGAUAAUGCAGAUGUUUGGGAGAACACAAUGAUUGUACACUGGGAGUCACCAUUGGAAGGAUGUGACGAAUACCACCUUCACAUACAGAUGAGCAAUCAAAGCAGUGAAAUAAAACAGUAUUCGGUGAUAAAUACAACAUGGUUUCAAUUUGAUUUCAUGAUUCCUGGAGCUACAUAUGACAUUGAGGUGAUGGCAGUAAGAAGUGGAAAGAGAAGCAAACCAAAAUGUAUCACACAAACUACAAAACCACUACCAGUUGUGAUUGCCUUUCCCAUUGAUAUUCAAACCCACUCAACAGUGCUGUACGUUGUAAUGCCGAACAUUGGUUUAUUUGAUGGAGUCAUUGUUACAUAUGGAGUUGAAAAUAAAAGAAUACCCACUUCUAAGAGAGAUUUUAAUGUAACUAUAGAAAAGUUGACACCUGGUGAAGAAUAUAAAUUUGCAGUACAUUCAAGCAGUGGCAAUAUGAAGAGCAAAACGUACAGUGUUCCUAUUGUGAAAACCUGUUUGGGACGACCCACUAAUUCACGUGAAGGGAAAGUCACAGAAACAUCACUGGAAUUACUGUGGGAUAAAGCAGAAGGCCAUUUCAACCAAUAUGAAGUAAUAUGUAUAAAUUGUGACAGACAGCUUGUGGUUCAAAAGGUCAAACGAGAACACAUAGUAUUUACAAAACUGACGCCAGGAAAACUGUAUAAUAUUUCACUUCGAACAGAAAAGGAAAACUAUCAAGAUAGCAUUCCUGUUUCACAAUUAAUACGUACAUUGCCAAGUCCAGUGGAGUAUCUGAAUUAUAACAAGACAUCGGAUUCAAUAACACUCAGCUGGCCAGAAGCUGUUUAUGUAUUUGAUGGCUAUAAUCUAACAGUCUCCAGCAAAUCUAUGCACCACGUUGUUGAAAUUCCAUUUACCCGCUUACGAACAUAUCAUUAUGAUAAGUUAAUGCCAGGUAUCGCCUACUCUAUAACUAUUGAGACAACAAGUGCAACAAAGAAGAGCCAUCCCACGACAAUUACUAUAACAACCUAUCCUGAACCACCAGUAGAUUUGCAGUUUGUUGAACUGGAUGAGAACACUGUAUACUUAUAUUGGAAGCUUCCAAGAGGGGAUUUUGAUAUAUUCGAGUUAAGUUAUUACUCACCAGGAAUCAAUGAAACAACAGACAGAACAACUUUACGAGGCAAUAAUAUCAAAAUCAAAGAUCUAAUUCCAGGAAUAGAGUACGUUUUCCAAAUAAAAACAGUUAAAGGCAUGGAUGCGAGUGAAGGAAUUCAAAAGAGAUUAAAAACAAAUCAUGAAAACCCUCAAAUGUUGGAAGUUUCAAAUAUUUCAGCCAGAGGAUUUACUUUACAUUGGAGAGGACCCGCUGGAAAUGAUGUUCAUUACAAAGUGGAUCUCAUUCCUGACCAAGGCUCUGUUAAUAUCACAAACAUGGGGGAUGGUAGUUUCAAGGCUGACCUUUUCGAUGUUACCCCAGGUAUAAAGUACACUGCCACCGUCUCCUCAGUCUCGUCAUCGUUUAGCAAGUCUGUCAGCAGAUCAUUUACAACGAAUGAAACUUAUGCAGUCUCUCCUGAUGCUCUGGCAGUGGGCCUCAUUGGUGCAACUGCUAUAAUGCUGACAUGGAAUAUCCCUUCUCAGACAAAUGGAAUAAUUUUAUCCUAUAUGGUGGAGUACAAAGAGGUUUGUCCUAUACGGCAAGCCGACUUCAUCCAAGUUUCAACAAAUGCAGACACUAGAGAGUUUCUUCUCAACAAUCUAAAACCGGGCACAACUUAUAAAAUUCGGGUUGCAGCUGAGAACAGUGCAGGCAUUGGAGCUUUUAGUACCUUUCGUCAUGUGGUAACUGCAGAAACCACUCCUGGACAAGUUUUAUUUCUUACUGCAAAAGCAGUCAAUCACACAGCUGCCAAUGUGACGUGGUUUUUACCUAAACGGCCAAAUGGAAGAAUUACACAUUUCAGCAUAAUUAUAAAGUCUGUGAGAACAGGACAGAUAUCAAAAAAUAUUUCAGUGAAUGGUGAAACACUUUUCCCAAGCACAUUACUGCAAUGUGAGGAUGGCAGUCCAACAGGCACCACCCCUGGAUCAUUGACUUCAUCUUCCCCUCAUCCAAGUAAUGUAUUUUUAGCAUCCACAUCAGGAUAUAUAAUACAUGAAGAUUUACCACCUGUGUCUGCCAGUAUUGUGGUGGGUCACCUGAAACCCUACACCACUUACCUGUGUGAGGUAUCUGCAUUCACAAAGGAAGGAGAAGGCCAAGCAGCAAGUGCUCUAUUCAGAACCCCUGAAUGGAUUCCAGAAAAACCACCUCAAAACUUAAUUGUUAGUAAGAUUGCAUCAAGGUCGUUCAUGGUGAACUGGGAUCCACCACCAACAAUUACAGGAAGACUCUUUUAUAGAGUUGAACUAGUGAAUCCAUUAGGGCAAAUAUCCCAGAACAGCACCAGAGAGAUGGCAUAUAUAUUUACUAACCUGCUACCAUUUACAAAAUAUGAAGUGUUUGCAUUUGCUGAGACAGUGGUGGGAGCUGGACCAAAGACCAGUGUUAAAAUCACAACAUCAUCUGAAGUUCCAGGAGAAGUGUUUGAUUUAAAGGCAACAGAAGUUGAAAGCAAAUCAGCAAAAAUAAAAUGGGGAAAGCCUCGUCAACCAAACGGAAUAAUUAUUCAGUAUCAAAUCAUAAUCAUUCUAUUGGAGUCUCAACUAUCUGUACAAAAUAUAACCUUGACGGAAAAUCAUCAGGAAAUUACCAACUCUACUGAAUCAAUAUAUCCUGGUACAUUGGUAACAGAAUCCAAUGCAUUGACUUUGGAGAAUGAUGCAGUCAUUAUUACAGACUUUGAUGAAGGCUCUGCUGAACUGUUUCCUGAAUCCACAUCUUUAGAGCAUGCAGUGACUUCAUCCACUUCUUCACCGAUUGAGAAAAGAAUCACUGUUAGUUCAGAACUAUCUGGAACAUCUACUAUUCAAGGGAAAAGCUUGUCUGCAUCUCUGCUUGGGCAAUUAACAUCGCCCGAACAGAUAUUUCCUACCCUGCAAAUUUAUACCAAAACAGCACUCUCUAGUACAAUGCACUCAAUUCCUGCUGCUGGCUCCACUGUAUCCUUUACUAAACAUACAACAGUCAGCCCCACGGGGCCCCAUGAGACUCUUCCUACCGUCAACAUAGAUUUCCAGCUGAGAUCAUUGUUGCAUAGAAGAUCAGUUAUUCCAGUUGUCAAGGCAGGUGGAAUCUCCCUGCCUUCAAGUUCUUCACCAUUUCUUCAUCUGUGGAGACUUCAGCAUAAUGGCCUUCAAAAUACCACUGAAGAGAGUGAAAUCAGCCUGCAGGUCAUUGACCCAACAUCUGAGCAGCUGUCAUACAUUGUAAGAGAACUUGUACCCUAUACUGAUUACAUUAUCAGAGUGUCAGCGUUCACCAUUGUUGGAGAAGGACCACCAAGCAGCAUUUCGUUAAAGACACAGCAAUGUGUUCCAAGUUCAGUGCGGAACGUAACUUUUAAAAAUCUCACUUCUACAUCAAUGCUGAUAUUUUGGGAUCCGCCUGCUAUGUUGAACGGCAUAAUAAGUCAUUACACGCUGUAUGCCAUGGAGCAAGGCUCAAAUGAGGCCUUCCAAAGAAUUGUAAUGAGCAACAACAUUACUCUAACAGGUUUGAAAAAAUUCACGGAAUAUAAAAUGAGAGUGACAGCAUCUACUUCUGUGGGGGAAAGUGCCGUCUCUGGGGAAGAUGAUGUGUUUGUACGAACUCUCGAAGAUGAACCAGAGACACCGCCUGAAAACGUAACCUUCAAUAAUGUCACAGCAACGACUGUUCACUUGAGCUGGUCACCUCCUGAGAAACCAAAUGGAAUUAUUAUAUAUUAUGAAGUCAUAUAUGUCAAUUAUACUGAUUCCUUUGUACUGAACAGUACAGCAACUAACACCUAUCUAGAAAACUUAAAGACAUUUUCUCCUUAUAACAUCUCUGUGAAAGCAUAUACCAAUUAUGGCCAUGGGAAUCAAACAUCCUUAACUGCAUUUCUGUGGACGGAACAAGGCGCUUCUAGCAGUCUGUGUUUUAAUAUGAUCUGCAAGUGCAUUAGUUCCACUGAAGUAGCAGUUUCAUGGAAUUCAUCGCUGAAUACCAAUGGCAUUAUAUUAUUCUGCACAGUAAACUUCUGGAAUGUCUCCCACUACAUUCAAACCAACAGCAAUAAGAUGUCCAAACAUAAGAGAGAUAGUUUGCACAAAGAAGAGAGUUGUCAAUUUUGCUUAGAAGAGAUUCCUGUUCCCGAUAAUGCACCAGAAAAUAUCACAUAUAGCUUUAUUGCUCCUCUGGAUGUUAUAAUAUCCUAUCUUCCACCUUCAACACCUAAUGGAAAUAUACAGUAUUAUACAUUGUAUCUUACAGCCCAAAAUAAUAGUAAGCAGCUCACUGCUCACAGUACAAAUCUGUCCAUCACUAUAACAGACUUAAGUGCAAAUGAAAAUUACACUUUGAAAAUAUCAGCAAGUACAAGCAAGGGCGAAGGAAUUAAAAGUCAACCACUGUAUAUUUUGAUUGAGGAAGGUGUUCCUGGCUCCCCUCCUCAAUCACUCACAGCAAAGCAGUUGUCAUUUACCUCUGUGCGUUUGUCAUGGAAGCCUCCUUUGGAACCAAAUGGAGUGAUUCUCUAUUACACAGUUUCUGUAUGGAGUGCAACAACACAACUCGUUUUAAAUACGAUGGAUACAUCUGCACUGCUGAAGGACUUGGAUAAUAUUGAAUACCAUGCUUUUGUAACUGCAAAUACUGAAUUUGGUGAUGGUGGAAUGAAAAGUAACAAUAUCACAUUUCGAACCUCUGAAAGUUCGAACCCUGUGGGCGCUAUCAACUAUGUUAACAGAAGCUCCACAUCCAUUCAAGUCUUCUGGAAUUAUCUAUUUAAAUCAAAUGGAAAUGUUCAAUUCUACACCGUUCACUACAGAAAUAUUUCAGGUGAUUUUACACAGAAUAUCACAGACUUUGAACAAGACAGUAAUGGCGACAUUGCGAAUGUGUCGUUGAUUCUGGAUAAUUUGACCAAGUUCAGUCACUAUAAACUGUGGAUGAUCGCAUGCUUUUCCCUUGCAGAGGAAGUUCAAUCGAGUGAACUGAUUGAUGUAUAUACUGAUGAGGAUGUGCCAUCAGCUCCUCCACAAGACUUGGUGAUUAUAAAUGAUACAGCAGAUUCUGUCAUGGUUAGCUGGAAACCUAGCCCCAUGCCAAAUGGUCUUGUGGAGCUCUACAGUUUCAAAAUAAUUGACAACACAAAUGAAAGUAUUUAUUUUAAGAAUGUAUCGGGAUUAUUUCAUGAAGCAAAUCUCUCUGGCUUUGAAUCAUUGCAUGAAUAUUACAUCAGUGUAUCAGCUUUUACCAAAGUGGGAAAUGGAGAUCAAUAUAGUAACAUUGUAAUUUUUAAAACUAACCAAACAGUUCCAGAUGCCAUCCAAAAUCUUCGAUGUGAUGUAUCAAGUUGGCAAUCUAUCAUAGUCGAAUGGGAUCCACCCUCAAAAUCAGAUGGAAUUCUCACUUAUUAUAUACAUGCAUCUGGGAAUCAUGUUCAAAACAUUUUGCCCAAAGAUCAUACAUAUACUUUUACAGAACUCCAAUCAAAUACUUCCUAUCAGUUCAGUAUAACAGCCGUUAACUCUCUGGGCCAAGGAGAAAGCAAAAACUGUACAAUUACUACAUUAGCAGAAGCAGUCCCAAGUGCUCCUCAGAAUCUCAAGAUAAUUGAUACUCAAUCAACCUUUGUUAUUUUGAGGUGGGAUCGGCCGGAUAUUAUACCUGGCCUUCUAAGGUUUCUCAGGAUCAACCUUCAACUACGCUCUGACUCUUGUAUGGACUGGGAAACUGGUGAAUGCAUCAAAGCUCAGAAAACGGAAGAUUAUGAAAUUGAUAAUGAUAAUCAUACACUGGAGACAAUUAUAUCUAGUUUAGAGAAAUCUCGAUGGUACAGGUUUAGGUUGGCUGCUGGUACAAAUGCUGGUUUUAGCAACUAUUCCGAUUGGAUUUCAGCAAAGACGGCUAUUGGCUAUGUGGAUGGCCCACCAGAAAAUGUAACUGUUAUGGUAAAAUCGUAUAAUGUUAUUGAAGUAGCAUGGGAAAUACCUGCAGAUCCACCUUCCUAUCUUAUUGAUGUAAUACUGACAGAUAGUGGGUAUACCAAUAUGACCAUUGUUAGAACAGAGAAACAAAAUAAAACCUGUGAGAUAUCUGGUUUACGGGCAUUCACAAAUUACACGAUAAUCAUCAUCGCAUUCACGGGAGGAGAAGAAGAAGCCCGAAUCCAUGGCAAAGCCAGUGAACCAAUCAUCGUGAGGACCUUUGAAACUCUGCCUGAAGAUGCACCACGGAAUUUUACCCUUCAAAAGAUACCAGAUGAAGUGACAAAGGUCUUUGCAUCUUUCCUGCCACCAUCUAUGCCAAAUGGUAAUAUUCAGGGAUACCAGGCUGUCAUUCACAAAAAAGGAGAAACGUCUGAAAGAGUAAACAAUCUAAAGGUUGUGGACGAAAACCAAUCAUUCAAUGCUGUCAUAGAAGGUUUAAGAGGUGGAAACACAUACACCAUAUGGGUCCGUGCUGUUAAUGGAGCUGGAAUUGGGCCCCGGACAUCAGAACAGAUAGUAACCAUGGAUGUAAAAGCUCCACCUAAACCAAACCUUAAACCAAUUCCUGCUUUAGAUAAAAAUGGAAUAUUACAAGCCACAUCGACGACCAUUACAAUCAGAAUGCCUGUGUGUUACUUCACAGAUGAACAUGGAUCCAUCGAGAACAUCCAAAUAAUUGUGACUGAAAUAAGAGCUAUGAAUGAUAAGAAUAUUUCUACUUGGUAUGAAGCUUACGUGAGAAAGCCAAAGCCAUACUUUGCAAAUGCAGGCUUUACAAACCCCCCAUGCAGCAGAACAACCACUUACAGACAAAAUGGUAAUGUAGAAACAUACACCAUUGGAGCUGAAAAUUCAUGUCGAGGCAAUCCAGAGAAAAUUUGCAAUGGCCCUCUGAAGAGUGAUAAAGAAUACUUAUUCAAAUUUCGAGCAACAAACUUUCAAAAACAGUUUACUGAUUCCAUUUACUCUGAUCCAAUCAAAACCUUAGCUGAAGGUUUGUCAGGAAGAAAGAUUGAAAUAAUCCUUGCAGUGACUUUGUGUGUGCUUUCUGUCAUUCUCCUUGUGAUUGUUGGCUAUGUGAUUGCAAGAAUCAAACAAAAGCAGAAGGAAGGAGGAACUUACUCUCCAAGGGAUGCUGAAAUUAUUGACACUAAAUUCAAACUGGACCAGAUGAUUGCAGUGACGGACCUGGAACUAAAGGAGGAGAAGCUGACACGUUAUUCCUCGUUAUUCUUUAGACGCAAGGAAAUUUAUGUGAUCCAAUUGCUCAGUUAUAGGAAAUCUCUCAAGCCCAUUAACAAGAAAUCAUUCCUGCAACAUGUGGAAGACCUGUGUGUUAACAACAACCUGAAAUUUCAGGAAGAAUUUACGGAUCUCCCCAAGUUAGGCCAAGAACUCACAUCAUCUGAUGCUGAUUUGCCUUGGAACCGAACCAAGAAUCGCUUUGCAAAUAUAAAACCAUUCAAUAACAACCGAGUGAAACUCAUGCUUGAGGCUGGAGUCCCAGGAUCUGAUUUCAUCAAUGCUAGCUACGUGUCAGGUUACCUCUGUCCAAAUGAAUUCAUUGCAACUCAAGGUCCCUUACCAGGAACAGUGGCAGACUUUUGGAGAAUGAUUUGGGAAACAAGAUCCCAAACUAUUGUUAUGUUGACACACUGUUUUGAGAAGGGCAGAAUAAGGUGUCACCAGUAUUGGCCUGAGGACAACAAGCCAGUAACUGUAUUUGGAGAUAUUGUGAUCACUAAACUAGCAGAAAACAUACAAUCAGAUUGGACCAUCCGAGAACUGAAAAUUGAAAAGUAUGGUGACUUUAUGAUGGUGACACAUUUCAACUUCACAUCUUGGCCUGAGCAUGGUGUUCCUGAAACCAGCACAGCUUUGAUUCAUUUUGUGAAGCUAAUUCGAGGAAACAGAGCCAAUGAUAAUACUCCUAUUGUUGUCCAUUGCAGUGCUGGUGUGGGGAGGACUGGUGUCUUUAUUGCCCUUGAUCACCUUAUACAACAUGUGAACCACCAUGACUUUGUGGAUAUCUUUGGAUUUGUGACAGAUUUGCGAGGUGAACGAAUGUGCGUGGUCCAGAACUUGGCUCAGUAUAUGUUCUUACAUCAGUGCGCUUUGGAUCUAUUGAAUAACAAAGGAAACAGUCGUUCACUGUGGUUCGUAAAUUAUGCUGCUUUACAAAAAAUGGACUCUCUAGAUACAAUGGAAGGUGAUGUGGAGUUGGAAUGGGAAGAAACAACCAUGUAAUUCUUACAUACUGCUGAAGACAUUAAUAACGUUUCACUAAACUUACUUUGAGCAAUUAAUGUAAGAGCUUCUACAAGCAAGGGCCAAAAUUAAUCUGUAGAUAAUCAAUGCUGAAUUACCCGAUGGAAUACUUUCCCACCAUUGCUUUUAUCAAAUGUUUCUUUGCACUUUUCUGUUUGGCUUGGAUGGAUAAUUCCAUAUAGAGUACUGACUUUCCUCACUUAAUAUAGCUAUUGCACAUUGCUAGGGUUUAUUUUACUUGUACUGCAUACGUUGUAGCUUUGCAAUUUUAAUGUAAAGUGAGCCAAAUAAGAUGUAACAUUUUAUUUUUCAUGGCACCGAGUGGCUUUGGUGCAUAUAUGCAAGAUUGUAGUGUGCUUUUUGUUGUGCAAAUAGUGUCUGGUUUUAAAGUAAAUAUAUCGUAUUUAAAGUAUGCACAUUAUUGCAUUUUGCAAUGUUUUAUUAUUCCUUCUGUAUUAUCUCUAUUUCUGAUCCAAUGUUCUGCACUAAAACGUUGGCUUUUGGAGUCGGUAGUUGAACUCGGUCUUCACUGGCAGAACAGUCUGUGAUCCUGAACAGCUGAACACUCACCUCUUUGACACCACAGAGAUUAUUCUCUUACUGCAGUUCAGACAGUAGCUCUUCAGGGACCCUCUGCUGUUUAUACUCGCUGCUCCACACCAGCUCAGACAAAGUUAUCAGAUUGGCCCUUGCUUUUAUCUUGAUGAAGUUCCAUUCUGUAGUUCCAAGGAGUCUUAUUACUAUGCUCAACACUGAAGAAACUAAUGUAUUGAGGAAACCAAUCCAUUUCACAAUUCUUUAGCAUUGUCAAACAAAUUUAUCACAACGCAAGUAAAAUAUAAACUUUAUAAACGGAACAAAAAAGUGUACGAAAUGGAACAAGACUAUCCAUCUACAGUGUAUAGCACUCUUGUAUUAACUGCAAUGCAUCUGUAACAAAACAAGAUGAGCUAGGAAGAAGAAACAAGUAAGUGCAGAUGCUGGUUUACAAAAAAAGUCACAAAGUGCUGGAGUAAUUCGGCGGAUCAGGCAUCUCUGAAGAACAUAGGUGUUUUGGGUUAGGACCCUUCUUCUUAUUCCAUUCUUAUUCCAUUCCUUUACAAAUGUUUCCAAGGUUAGAACCAAAACAGCAACUGAUCUGUUCCAGUUUGGAUUGAGGCUGCUAAAGCCUUGUAUUCAAUAGUUUGUGCAUGGUAGAACCAUCAAAGCUAAGGUUUCAGGCAGAGUUUGACUUGGAAUAGCAGCUGAUAAUUGAAUAACAGAGGGCAACAGGGAAACUAGUGCUGAGAAGAUUGUAUAGGAGCGGCAUCAAUCCAGACAGAGAUGGUCAUGGUGGCAAUCGACAGAAUGUGAAUGAGUGAUUGGAAAGAAGAUUAUGUGAUAGGAGUAGAUUAGGCAGUGAAAGGCAGAGAUGACCCCUCCAGAACAACGGGUCAC